GACCUUCUAAAAAAAAAUCAGCUAUAAAUGCUUUGUUCUACAGCUCGCGUUCUUCUCAUCCCAAAGCAAAAUCUCAGUAUAUUAAGGCGAUUUUCUUCGAUUCUAACACAAACCCGGUUCAAUUCUGUGUUUAAUCUUCCUGUUUCGUCUUUCUCUAAGCCGAUCCGAACAGUUUUACCCAAUUCUUUUGUUACCUCUAAGGGUUUUGAGUUGUGGGGUUUAAGAUCAGCUCAUACCAUGGCUAGUCAAUCAAGCAAUCCUCAAUCUGUUUAUGAUUUCACAGUCAAGGAUGCUAAGGGCAAGGAUGUUGAUCUCAGUAUUUACAAGGGAAAAGUCCUUAUCAUUGUCAAUGUUGCAUCACAGUGUGGCCUGACUAAUUCGAACUACACUGACAUGACGGAGUUGUACAAGAAAUACAAGGAUCAAGGUUUGGAGAUUCUGGCCUUCCCUUGCAACCAGUUUGGUGGACAGGAGCCUGGAAACAUUGAAGAUAUCCAGCAAAUGGUCUGCACUCGCUUCAAGGCUGAGUACCCCAUAUUUGACAAGGUUGACGUGAAUGGCGAUAAUGCUGCUCCAUUAUAUAAGUUUCUGAAAUCAAGCAAAGGUGGGUUCUUUGGAGAUGGUAUCAAGUGGAACUUCUCCAAAUUCCUCAUUGACAAAGAAGGACAUGUCGUUGAUCGCUACUCUCCAACCACUUCUCCAGCUAGCAUGGAGAAGGAUAUCAAGAAACUCUUGGGUGUUGCUUAAGCUCUAGAGUCUGGACUCGGCGCUGUUUCUGCAUUUUGUGCUAGAAAUAAUGAACAUACCACUGCGAAUAAGCUAUGUUUGAUGUAAUUUUCUUCUUGUUUUAGCUACUACCAAUGUUUGCUAUUUUGUACAAUUUCAAUAUACUGAUCAAUAUUUCUAUUUACAAGUAUUAUCAAGUUUUUUCCAA